CACGCCACGUACAUAUUUUGCAUUACAAUGUUUUCAAAAAAUAUUAUAAUCCUUUUGUGUGUCGUAUGUUUUAUGGUGAAAAUUAGUACGGCAGGUAAAGGAAAUAUAGCGGAUGAAGCUUCUAUAAGUGGUACUUCUACGGUGGAUAUAAAUCUGGAUGAAUUGACAACCAACCAAUGGCAAAAGAUAUUUGAGAAGUACGAUACUAAUAAUAUUGGUUCUAUCUCCUCAAAGGAAUUACAGAAACUAAUAUUCGAAGUGUUCCACGGAUUUCUCACCGUUCGCCAUGCAGAGUUAUACGUAGAAUUAAUUAAUUUAAAGCAAAGCCGUGAAAUAGGAUUGAAACAAUUGGAAAAAAUGAAACCGAUAAUAGGGUUUUUGUCACAGACAGAUAGUACUCCGAAGGCUAAGGAAGAUGACACUAUUUCGAGUGAUAAUGACGUCAACACAAAGACGAACCCAUACAAAAGAUUAAAUCCAAACCAAAAUGAAGCCAUACUAAAGAAAGAAUUUGUAGAGUCAAUAACGAGCAAUUAUAAAAUAGUAUUUUCAAGCGAGGAAGAAACUUUAGAAAUACUCGAUCUUAUUGGUCCAAUUGAAACAUGGCCAAUUGAAUGGCCGAAAUUCGAGGAAAUUUUAAAAAUGUUGUCGGCUUCAUAUCUAGUGGUAAGUUUAUACAAUGUGUUUUGUUCAAUGGACAAGGGCGGCGAUGGCGUUAUUGACGCUAAUGAACUUAAAGCAUGGAACGACGAUCAACGAGAAACGGCCUCUAGGGAAGCAGCCACUGAGGAAGCAGCCCCUAAGGAAUCAGCUACGAAUGAAUCACUCAUUGAAAUAAUGAAAAUGCUAGGUUUAAAAGACGACAGUUCUAUUGAUUUUAAUAAAUAUAUGGAAAAUUUGAGUGAUAUAUAUAAGCAGUACAGCUUAAGUAAGACUCUAAAAUAGACUCAAGAGAAUAUUUGAUCAUUGAAAACAAAACUUUUUAAAGACCAACAGCAUAUAUUACAAUUUUUUUUCAAAAUAAUAUUAAGGAAUACGCAAUGCACAAAAAUAUUAAAUAAAUUUGAUGAACAUUUCAUACAUACAUUUCAAAAGGGAUAAACUGUUGCCAAU